UCCCGUGGCGUCGGUCUUUCAAAGUUUUUUUCCAAUUUUUCAUUCGCGUUUUUUGUGAGCCUUUUUGCACAUUUUCUCAGGUGUUUUCUAUUCCAAUUUUCCCAUCUGUGGUUCCCUAAGGAAGGUAUUUGAGGGACAGGAAGUAGUCAGCAGAAUGUCCUUUACAACUUCAAGUAGAUUUUCCGUGUUGCAACUCGUGGGCGACAAUCAGAGCAAAAAAUCCAAAAAGCCGCCGGAAAAUGCGGAAAAUCCCGGUAAGAAGCCCAAACCGAAGAAGGCGAGGGAGAAGAAGGGUCCUCCGGAGGUGCAGAAGCCCAAAAAGCCAGAGCCUGAGAAGGAACAAAUGCCAACAAAGAAGCAGAAGCAGCUGGAGAGGAAGCUGAAGAAGAAGGAGGAGCACAUUACAGAGAAGCAAUGGUCAAAUUGGCAGGCGAGGGAUGCUGAACUGGUGGAUGAGAUCUUCGAGAAGGAUCUCAAAGAAGCAAUUUUGCUUUCGCAAAUUGAGCAGGAAGGGAAUCGGAGAAAGAAGGCUGAAGCUGCUCCUGCAGGGGAUGAGGGGGCUGGGAAAAAGGGGAAGAAGCCGAAGAAGAUCUCCCUGCAGGAGUUUAUGGCCAAAUCCGAUGGGCAGGAGCCGGCGAAAACUGAAGGGGAAGAGAAAAGUUUCUCUUUCGGAGAGAUCGAGGAGAGAGUCAGGGAAAUCAUCCGGAAGGAGCAGUAUCGGAUGAUUGGGUGUUCGGCGAGUGGACCAGAGACUGUAAUAAAGAUCGACGAUGCUCCAAGUCCAAAUCCCGCCGACGAGGAAGAAGCCAAGGAGCGACAAAUUGAAGCUCUCGAAGCUUCGGUGGUGGCUCUGAAACUCGAAGUGACGGAGUGGCAGAUGAAGUACGAGGGCGCCACGAAGUUGCUGGAGGAGCAGAGUAAGCUGAUUAGUGUACAAUUGGCCAAUCCCACGACUGAGUCCCUCCUGAAGCGCAUUGAUGAGCUCCAGAGGCAGCAGGUGGAACUUUACCACGAAAUUGGGAAUCUCCAUGUGCUCCUGGAGCAGGAGAGGUCCAGGAAUCAGGGAGAUGGAUCGAAGAUCAAGAAUGGCGGAAUGAAGAAAUCCGUUCGCUUCUCUGCUGCCUGAAUCCCAGGGCUGCUCUUCCCGGAGUUCCAGUCAAAGUAUUUUUGCAUUGUCUUGUAAUCUUUUGUACCACAAGUGAAAUACUCAGUAAAGUGAUUGAAUUAA